UCUCCAAAUGUAGAAGAACUCCAUUAGUUUUGCAGGUGCUCGAGUUAGAAGAAACUCGUCAUAGAAGAUGACAUCUGAAUCAAAGGUUAAUUUGAAUGAACCUAUAUGGGACCUGUCCAAAUUUCAAGGAAGACUUCGCUACUAUGCUUGGAUCACUGACACUCGCCUGACGUUGACCCCAACAAAAACCCUAUAUCAGUAUAAAGAUAUAGUGGAAUAUUAUAGUAAAAACCACAGCCUACCACAUGGAGUGACUGUGCCAGACUAUAGACGAGCCCAACAGGCGACACUAUCCGCUUUCCACCCGGACACAGGUGUUCUGCAAAAUGUUAUAGGGAGGAUGUCUUUCCAGGUCCCGGGAGGCAUGGUUCUAUGUGGAUGCAUGGUAACAUUUUACAGAAGUCCAGCAGCAGUUGUGUUCUGGCAGUGGACCAAUCAGUCAUUUAAUGCUAUCGUCAACUAUACUAAUGCACCAGGUUCUUCCAACGAUACUAAAAAAAUCAUGUUUGCCUACGUGACAGCUACUACGAGUGCAUUAGUGACAGCACUAGGACUGAAAGCUAUCCUGGCCAAAAGUGCGUCUGCCCUGCUACAGAGGUUUGUUCCCUUUGCUGCUGUGGCUGCUGCUAAUGCUGUCAACAUUCCGUUGAUGAGACAGAAUGAAAUCAUUGAAGGUGUUACAGUUUAUGAUGAAAAUAAUAAGGAAGUAGGAAAAUCCAAGUAUGCUGCUGUCAAAGGAAUCGUACAAGUUUUUAUAUCCAGGCUGCUUAUAGUAACUCCCUGUAUGAGUAAGUAUUAUAUAAUGGAGUUUAUAUUUAGACUGCUUACAGUAACUCCCUGUAUGAGUAAGUAUUAUAUAAUGAAGUUUAUAUCCAGACUGCUUAUAGUAACUCCCUGUAUGAGUCAGCCUGAAAAUUACCUCCAUGACCUGCACUGA